GUUUUGACUGACGAUUUAGACUUCCGGUUUACUGCCUCUUUCCCAUCGCUAAAAUGGCGAAUACUAAACAGCCUCCGAAGGUGCCCGAGACACUCCUGAAAAGGAGGAAACAGAAUGAGGAGAGGCGAUCAAAGCAAGCAAAGGCCAACCUCCUCUCUAAAAAGAAAGCCCAGGACAAGAAGCGAGUGAUAUUCAAGCGUGCUGAGAAAUACCUUAAGGAAUACCGAGCCAACGCCAAGGCAGAAGUGAACCUCUCGCGCCAGGCUAGAAAGUCCGGGAACUUCUAUGUGCCAGCUGAGUCCAAACUAGCCUUUGUCAUGAGAAUCAGAGGUAUCAACGGUGUGCACCCCCGCCCCAGGAAGAUUAUGCAGCUCCUUAGACUGCGACAGAUCAACAACGGGGUGUUUGUAAAGCUUAACAAGGCAACCAUCAUGAUGCUUAGAAUUGCUGAACCAUUCAUCACCUGGGGGUACCCCAACUUGAAGAGCGUCCGAGAGCUCAUCUACAAGCGUGGGUAUGGCAAGGUGGCCGGCCGCAGAAUCCCUCUCACUGACAAUGCCAUCAUUGAGAAGGUCCUAGGCAAAAAAGGCAUCAUCUGCAUGGAAGACCUGAUCCAUGAGAUCUGCACAGUUGGGCCCAAUUUCAAGGCCGCCUCCAACUUCCUGUGGCCCUUCAAGCUGAACACACCAAACGGUGGCUGGCGCAGGAAGUACAACCACUUCAACGACGGUGGUGACUGCGGACUCCGGGAAACACAGAUCAACCCGUUGUUGAGACACAUGGUGUAAUAAUAUGUUAUAUAUGGACCUUCUGAGCUGGAAAAUAAAUGGAAAAAAUAGACCAA